AUGGACAAUGAUGACCAACAACAGCCACAGCUUGGCGAAAGGAAAGGUGACAGCCUGUCUGAAGUGCCGGAUGUGAACAGCAAGCACAUAAGCGUUCAUAAAACCAGAGCCAUGGAUGGCACGGAGCAUUUCAUGAUCCUGGAUCGCCGGCAGCGGCCGUUGAGCUGGAGGGACACUAUCGGAAUGUGGAAGAACUGCCCGGAAUUCGCUGUCAUGUUCUCCCAGACCCUGGCUGCCUCCCACCACGAGGCAUUCUUCUGGGAGACCAUUCCCUUCACCAGGUCCACACUGCACAAGGACUUCGAGAUGGUGCUCGUGUACGCCUCAAGGCUGGUGCGCACCCAGGCGAACCCGAGUCCGUUCAGAGACAAUCUGGUGACUCACGGGCAGGGGUCCGUGGCAGUGUUCCAGAACCUGGGCCGCGACGCCCUCCUGGUGUGCCCCUGUCCGAUCAGUGGCGAAAAUUCCCACUACGGCCACCUGGCCAGCUUUGUGAGGGGUGCGCCCGAGCAGCAACAGGUGGAAUUCUGGUCCACGCUGGCCGUUGCGAUCGAGAGCAGGCUGGAGGAGGUGGAAGAGGCGCCCGUAUGGGUGAGCACGGCGGGCCUGGGCGUGCCCUGGCUGCAUGCCCGCCUGGACUCCAGACCUAAGUACUACAAGCACGGGCGGUUCAAAACUGCGAGGGAAAGAAGGAACUAG